AUUGGUAUUUUCCCAUCGCACGGUCACACCGCGCACAUGGCGUAACAUUUUUUUUUGCCGGGCCGGUAAAAUAUGUAAUUUCGAUAUGUUUCGGAAGAUUUCCACCCGCUGGCUGGUGCAACGAGCGGGGCCCAACUCGAACUCCGCAUGGCUGGUGACCAGGUCCAGGGAUGGCACCGCCCGCAGCCUGAGCACCACGAAUCAGGUCAAGGCCGAAUCUGAGGAGCACUUGACCAAAGUGGAAGAACCCUCACAGGCGGAGCUUCUGCGGGAAUUCGCUCGUAUGCCGGUGCAGCGCAUCCGGAACUUCAGCAUCAUUGCACACGUCGAUCAUGGCAAAAGCACGCUGGCUGACCGGCUGCUGGAGCUCACUGGCGCCAUUGCCCGCAAUGGGGGACAGUCCCAGGUGUUAGAUAGCCUUCAAGUGGAGCGGGAGCGUGGGAUAACGGUCAAGGCCCAGACCGCUUCGAUCUUCCACCGCCACAAGGGGCAGCUGUAUUUACUUAACCUCAUAGAUACUCCCGGUCACGUGGAUUUCUCCAAUGAGGUCUCGCGCUCGCUAGCCGCCUGCGAUGGAGUGGUCCUCCUGGUGGACGCCUGUCACGGUGUCCAAGCCCAGACUGUAGCCAAUUACCACCUGGCCAAGCAGCGUCAACUGGCCGUAGUACCUGUGCUCAAUAAGAUCGACAUCAAGCAUGCUAAUCCCGAUCAAGUUUGCCAGGAUAUAAAGCUGCUGUUCGGCAUAGAUCCCGCCCAGGUGUUGCGUGUGUCCGCCAAGCUGGGCACUGGCGUGUCAGAGGUGUUAGAACGGGUUAUAGAAAGCGUACCACCCCCACAAGUUGAGCGGGACAGCGAUUUUCGGGCCUUAAUCUUUGACAGCUGGUUCGACAAAUACCGCGGAGCUCUUAACCUUAUUUAUGUGCUCAACGGCAAGCUAGAGCAGAACCAAGAUAUCCAAUCGUUGACCACUAAGAAGGUGUAUCCCGUGAAAAGCAUCUCUGUUUUGAGACCAGCAGAAUGUCCAGUUCCGGAACUAUCUGCUGGUCAAGUGGGUUUGAUUGCCUGCAAUAUGCGGAACAGUAAGGAGUCCAUUGUUGGCGAUACCCUUCACCUGAAGAACCACGCGACCAGCGCCGCGGGAAGCUAUCGUCCGCAACAGCCGCUUGUUUUUGCUGGAGUUUUCCCCGCAGAUCAGUCAAAACAUGUGGCUCUGAGAAGCGCCAUCGAUAAGAUGAUUCUUAAUGACUCGGCGGUCACUGUAAAAGUUGAUUCCAGUCCGGCUUUGGGUCAAGGCUGGCGUUUGGGCUUCCUCGGACUUCUGCACAUGGAGGUCUUUUGUCAACGUCUAGAGCAGGAGCAUGGUGCCGAGCCAAUAAUCACAGCGCCCUCUGUCACAUACCGUUUGGUGUUGAGCAACCCAAAGAUGAUUCGGCAGCAAGGACGCGACACUAUGGACAUUUCCAAUGCAGCUCUCUUUCCGGAACCGCACAGCAUUAAGGAGUACUUCGAACCCUUAGUUUUGGGUACGAUAAUCACGCCCACGGACUAUGUGGGCCAAGUGAUCGGGCUGUGUGUUGAGCGACGGGGAUUGCAGCAGAGCUCGGUGAACAUCGACGAGACGCGCGUUUUAAUGAAGUACGUCUUGCCGCUGAGCGAGAUCAUACUGGACUUUCACGAUCGGCUAAAGUCGUUGAGUUCAGGUUAUGCUAGUUUCAGCUACGAGGAUCACGGAUAUCAUCCGUCAAAUUUGGUGCGUUUGGACAUUCACCUAAACGGCAAGCCCGUGGAGGAGUUGUGCCGCAUCGUGCAUGUGUCCAAGGCCACGGCCGUGGCCCGGCAGAUGGUGCUAAAGCUGCGCGAACUUAUUCCAAAGCAGAUGGUUCAGAUCGCAAUCCAGGCUUGUGUGGGCAGCAAGGUUCUCGCCCGGGAAACCAUUAAGGCCUAUCGGAAGGAUGUGACAGCAAAGCUCUACGGAGGAGAUGUUACCCGGCGGAUGAAGUUACUCAAACAGCAGGCCGAGGGCAAGAAAAAGAUGCGCAUGUUCGCCAACAUACGCGUGCCGCACGAGACCUUCAUCAAUGUGCUCAAGCGGUAGGAUCAAUCCCGACCAGAAUAUCCCAUUUCUAACCUGUUUGGGAUCAAUUUAGCGGAUUAUGUUCGAGGAGCGGGACUAGACGAAAAGGAGGAAAAUCAUGUUCUCAAUGAUCAACGGCCUGAGCAUUGGCGGUGGUCAGCAGGUAGCACAGGUGACGCCA